ACGCGGCCAAGUCUCCCUCCUUUUCCGCAAAGAGAUCAGUGGUUAAUCUCCAGAAAUAGACCUAAAAGAACGAUGACGCCAUUCAAUUCUUCUCAGAGACUACCCCAAUGGCCGCCUCCGUCCCCUUUAUUCUUCAAGGAGCUCCGACAUCUUGAGGGAAACAGGACUCUCUUUUUCCUGAAAAGUAAAAAGAAAUUUCGCAUCGUCUUCUUCAUCUCUAACCCUAUAUUUCUCCGAAAGAGUUAUAAGCCCUCGCUCCUCCGCUUACAGACAAUCAAUUUCCAACCCCUUCUUUGAUCCGAACAAUCGUUGGACUUGAAAUUCGUCUAUGUUACCUCUUCCGAUGGAUUGUUCGAUAGGGAACAGCAUCUUAUUCUGCUCGAUCUCGAGGGGUGACCGUAUUCUGUACACCCACGGGGAUGAUCGCGAAUUGGAAGCCCUAUCCGCCGCUGCCCUUGACUGUGCACCUCCGUUUCAUUCGCGAUACUCGCACACCGCCGGCGAUCGGACCUUCGCCUUCCUCAUUGACGAUGACGGCCACACCUACUUCGUCAUCACCAACUCCCUCGCCGGCAGCGCCGCCGCCCACCGCUUCCUCGACCUUAUGCGCGAAAGCUUCCACCGCGCCUCCAAGAACGGCGUCCACGAAGAGGUCAUCCCCGUCGUCCGCCGACUCAUCGCCUCUCUUGAAACCCUCUCUAGAAGCGGCGGCGGCGAUGAGAAGACAAAAGGGGAUGCCGCGGAACUCUGGAUCGACAUGCCGAUGAGACCGGCUGGAUCGGUGCCAUUGCAGAGCAGCUUGACCCCUAGGGGUUGGAUGCAGCAGAAUGGCCGGCGAUUGUGGUGGCGGCUUGUGAAAAUUGUGGUCGCGGUUGAUGUGUUUCUUUGCUUGGUUUUGCUUGUGAUUUGGUUGGCUGUGUGCCGAGGUUUUCAGUGCAUUGAUUGAAUGAAUUCUUUCUUUGAGUUCUCAGAUGCUUUCAUCGUUGAAAUCUCUCAGUUAUGAAAAGGAGGAAGACAGUUGCUACGAGCGGCCAAAUCUAUACCUUACUCUGAAUCAUGCGUGAUUCCAGCUUAACCUUUUAGGGAAAUCAUAUGGAAAGAAGAUUAAGCAUACAGGAGUAAUGCUUAGUUCGAUCAAAUUUGCAUUUUUUUUGGAAUUGUGAUUCUCUAACAAGAAUGAAAUUCGUAUGACGUUAUGCCAGAUUCAAGCAGUUGGGAGAUAGUUGCCGGUGCCUUCCACUGUCAUUUGAUGAAUUGAUACCCUCCAAUAAAGAAUUGCAUGCCCAACAUCACCAAGGCCACUUUAUCUAGUUUUAGCUGGUCGCCAUGAACCGGAUUCAAAGGAGGUCAGCCAAUAAGAAAAAUUAUUUCCUCAUGAAAAUGAAGUUGCCAAAGUAUAUGUAUGCUGAACUCGCUGACGAGGUCCUUUUGUUCUUGGACAAUACUCACUUGGCCCUGAGAUUAUUUAAGAUUGUUUGGGACAACUUUAUUAUGACUUUCUAAAGCAGUUUUCUAAUAAAAAACUUCUUGAAAAAAAAAAAAUGUAUUAAAAAAAACUGCUUUUGAAAGCAGAAAGAUGGAAAGAAAGCAGUCCCACGCGAAGCUUUAAUGCCAUCAAAGCCACUCUCUGUGCUUGUCAAAUGAACUCGCCGAAGUUUCCAAGCUAUUCACCAGCAUAGUGAAGUCGUUAGAACUUCAUCAAAUUGUUUAUUUAUUUAUUUAUUUAAAUUCAUUAUUAGUUUAUCUAUGUAUUUUAUAUGUUUUAUAAGUUAGUUAGAUUUAUUAUUUUUUUAAAAUAAUUUUUUUUUAAGUCUUGCUACAGAAUUGACAGUUUUACUUAUAUUGCUUCAUUGUAUUAUUUUUUUAACUGUAAUGUUCCUUGAUUCAAAUCUAUAAAUAUGAUAAU